ACCGGAGUGCCCGGAGAAAACCCACGCAGGCACGGGGAGAACAUGCAAACUCCACACAGUCGGGGCCGGGGAUUGAACCCGGGUCCUCAGAACUGUGAGGCUGACGCUCUAACCAGUCGGCCGCCGUGAAGGACAAUACUUAUCUUAAAUAAUAUUUACAAUGAGAAGCUUCAACUUCGUCUGUAUUCCGGACUGGGAGCUGGUUUGACGUGCUGCACGGCUGACGUCAGGUAUAUUAAGUGCUUCUCCCCCCGUCAAUCACCCAGUAAUCAGUAAAGUAACUAAGUUACUUUUGCUAGGUAACUAUGGCAACACUGAUUGGUAGAGGGGUGAUGAGGAUGGAGCUGCUGGGAAAGAAAGCUAGAGGAAGACCAAAGGGAAGGUUGAUAGAUGUAGUGAGGGAAGACAUGAAGGGAAAAUGGUGUGAGAGAGGAGGAUGCAGGAGAUAGGCUUACAUGGAAGAGGAUGACGCGUUGUGGCGACAUGCCCAAAGGAAAAGAAGAAAUAAACCAAUUAAUUUAAUGUUCCGGUAAUUAAUGUUCGAGUUUCAUGUAAAAGCUAGCAUUGUUAAAAUAGUAAUUUCUACGGUGUUGUUACGUUUUAUAUUUAAUACAUGCAGGUUUGAUUUUACUUCCUGUUUUAAGCAAUUGAGCUUUUAUUUUGAAAGGUACGCACCGAAACCUAGUCCAUAAAACGAACGGUAACUUGCAACGGUAAAACAAAAGUUAGGAGACGAGCCGGCAACGCCGUCCGUUGCCAUGAGCACCGCUGCCGUAAAACCACCAUCGACGAAGGAAAACGCGGAAGUUAGCGUGCCUUCAAGGCAACAACAAAACAGCACUACGGCUACCAGAACAAUGGCGUCGCACGAGGAGAACGAGCGUCAAGGAAAACAACUGGAAGCUGAUGGCGAAAAUCACAUCGUGUUGUACAUCCAAGAUGUCCAGCAGCUGAUUGUUCAUCAGGAAAAACUUCUCACCCAGUCGCAUGGGGGGCAUGCCAGUUUCGAGCGUGGGGAUCCACAGACACCCCAUGUUACAGACAAAGAGGUGGAUCCAAAGCCUCCAACUGUUAAAGAGGAAGUGAAUGAGUUCGAUAUCAGUGAGUUGCCACUGAUUGAUGUCUCUAUGAAGAGUGAAGACAAAGACGAACCACUUCAGUGGUCACAGCUUCAUCAUCACAGUCCAAGUGGAGACCACUGUGGAGGACCACCACCAGUCAACAUUUUAGCGCCACUGUCAGACAGCGACGGCAUGGAGAGCGACUCAAACUUUGAAGGUGACAACAAAGAGUCGAAAUGCUGUAAAAACAACAAGGAAAUGUCACAAACAUGUCAAAAAAGUUUUAGCUGCUCAGUUUGUGGUAAAUGUUUCACCAAAAAAACAUAUGUCAGACACAUGAGAACACACAGUAGUGAAAAACUCUUCCGUUGCUCACUGUGUGAUAAAACAUUCUCUCAUGAGUCAAAAGUGGCGCAACACAUGAGAACACACACAGGAGAAAAACCCUUUAAUUGCUCAUUGUGUGCGAAAACAUUCACUCUGAAGUCAAACAUGCUAUCACACAUGAGAAUACACACAGGAGAAAAAAAAUGUUGUUGCUCAACUUGUGGUAAAACGUUCUCUCAUAAGUCAAACAUGAUAAAACACAUGAGAACACACACAGGAGAAAAACCCUAUAGUUGCUCAAUGUGUGAUAAAACAUUCUCUCAAACGUCACAUAUGGUAUCACACAUGAAAAUACACACAGGAGUAAAGUCUUUUUGUUGCUCAAUUUGUGGUAAAAGAUUCACUCUAAAGCGAAAUAUGGUGGCACACAUGAGAACACACACAGGAGAAAAACCUUUUAGUUGUUUGGUUUGUGGUAAAACAUUCUCUCAAAAACGACAACUAGUACGACACAUGAGCACACACACGGGGGAAAAACCCUUUAAUUGUUCUAUUUGUGGUAAAACGUUCUCUCUAAAGCGAGCCAUGGUAGCACACAUGAGAACACACACUGGUGAAAAACCUUUUUGUUGCUCAGUUUGUAGUAAAACAUUCUCACAUAAGUCCAACAUGGUAAAACACAUGAGAACACACACAGGAGAAAAACCCUUUCAAUGCUCAUUGUGUGAAAAAAGAUUUUCUCAAACGUCACACAUGGCAUCACACAUGAAAAUACACACAGGAGAAAAACCUUUUUGUUGCUCAAUUUGUGGUAAAAGAUUCACUAUAAAGCGAACCAUGACAUCACACAUGAGAACACACACUGGUGAAAAACCAUUUUGCUGUUCACUGUGUGGUAAAAGAUUCAAUCAAAAGCAAAGCAUGGUAAAACACGUAAAAACACACACAGGGGAAAAACCCUUUUGUUGCUCAUUUUGUGGUAAAACAUUCUCCCAAAAGUCACACAUGGGAUCACACUUGAAAAUACACACAGGAGAAAAACCCUUUCGUUGCUUAGUUUGUCGUCAGACAUUCAUUCAAAAACACAAUCUGGUAUCACACACGAGAACACACACAGGGGAGAAACCCUUUCGUUGCUCAAUGUGCGAUAAAACAUUUUCCCAUAAGUCAUACGUGGCAUCACACAUUAAAAUACACACAGGAGAAAAAUCCUUUAGUUGCUCAGUUUGUGGUCAAACAUUCAUUCAGAAACACAGUCUUGUAUCACACAUGAGAACGCACACGGGAGAAAAACCGUUUAGUUGCUCAACUUGUGCCAAAUCCUUCUCUCGAAAAGACAGUAUGGAAACACACAUGAGAACACACACGGGUGAAAAACCUUUUUGUUGCUCAUUUUGUGGUAAAACAUUUGCUCUGAAGUCAAACAUGGUAAAACAUAGAAGAAAACACACAAGAACAAAACCCUUUGUGGAAGCUAUGUUCACAGGGCCAGUUUGAUUGCAUACUUGAGGACACAAAACAACUGAGAAUGAAUGUUCAACUGUAGUCCCCUGCAGUACUGCUGUAUCCGAAGCAGACCACACAUUGUCUUUACUGAAAGUUAUUCUUCUGAAGAUCUGUAAAUGUUUUAUUUAGUUGUGUAGUACACUACGUUCAUUGUUGUCCUCCUCUUUGUACUGCACAUUGUUGAUGGAGACGAAGCAGACCACCUUUCUUUUC